AUGAGAGAGUUAUUGCAACUGGAUAGCAAGGAUUUAGAAGAAUUUAUCACAGAUGCAUUGAUUGAACUUCUCAAAAGUCGCCUGGAACUCAAGUCUUCUCUCACACCAGCCACCGGUAGUCCCAAAUCCGACCAUGUUGUUGAAUCCGUAGAAAAAACGUGCACACGGCGUUCGCCUCAUCACUCUACGAAGUUCAAUAAUGUUCCUGAACUAGCGUCUACCUAUUUGUGUUCCUCGCCUGCUGAUACUUGCGACCGCUUCAUAGCCAGUGGCCAGACUCAGUUAAAGACUCAUUCUUCAAACCCUUCAAUUUCCAGACCUUCGCUACCACGUACCACUAAACUAGAUGUUGUUUCCACCGUUCCCUCUAAUCAGCGGCACUUUAAUGCCUCUAAAAAUGUGGCACAUGUCUCACGGUUCCUUGCAGUGCCUCCUGCUGGUGGUAGAGAACGUGCGCCUCAACAUGAAUUUCCUACUUCCACUCGCCGAUUCAGCUCGGUUGUCGGAACGCACCCUAAUUCCGAUCACCACGAGCGGCGAUCUCCAACGUUUGCUUCCACCACUGCUACGGUGGACAGUCCUCGUCGUUCCUUUCCCCCCUCAAGACUGGACAAUCCUCCCAACGUAAAGUUUAAACAAUAUUUUCCAUUUCCCUCCACUCAGGAAGCGCAUUCAAAGUAUCUGAGACAGCCGAAUGUGUGUGUUCCCGAUGGCACUUCAAAUCAUCAGGCGUCGCGCAACACGGAGACAUUCAAAAGGGCUCGCUUCAAGCGUCAGUCCCACCUAUGCAAUUACUCCGGGGUCGACAGCAAAAUUAGGGCUGCACGCUCUUCUAGUGCUUUUUGUGCACCUCCAUAA